AUGGAUAAAGAUCCUCAAGCAGGUACCAUCGGAGGUUCCACAGGAGGUGUAUUGGUGGAAAUGGCUUCGAAAGAAUUACAUUUAUCUCCAAAUACUCAUCAAGAUGGAAACAUCGAAACACACGGAACACAUCAUGAUGGUUCGGAAGGUUCAAGGAUCGAACGUACCGCAACUGGAACUAUUGUUUCUCAUAGGGAUCCAAGUGGAGGUCAAGAAACUGUUCAAGGUUUCGGUAUGGUACCUCUUUCAAGACAUGAAAGUCAACCUCCUGUCGUCAGUUAUUGGGGUGGAGUUGCACCUGCUGGUAUUGAUGCCGAAGAAGGUUUGACGGCUGUUAGAAGUAGGGAAGAAGAAGAAGAAAGAGAAUUAGAAAGGGAAAUUAAAGGACCUGAUCCUUGGGCUGUGAAGUUUGAACCGGGUGAAAAGAUUAAUCCUAAGAAUUGGGGAGUAGCCUAUCGUUGGUGGUUAACCUCUCUAGCCGGUUUAUUCGUACUCAACUCUACCUUCGCAUCUUCUUCCCCUUCCGGAAUUAUAACAGAUCUCGAAGAAUAUUUUCACAUCUCUCAAGAAGUUGCAGUCCUUACCAUCUCACUCUUCGUUGCUGGUUAUUGUUGCGGUCCUCUCGUAUGGGGACCCGCUUCUGAGAUAUAUGGUCGUAGACCUAUUUUCAUACUCAGUUUCAUCGUUUAUACCGGAUUUCAAGUCGGUUGCGCUCUAGCCAAGAACCCAGCUAGUAUCUUGAUUUUCAGAUUUUUAGGAGGGACGUUUGCUUCUGCUCCUUUGACGAAUUCUGGGGGUUUGUUGGCGGAUAUUUGGGAUGUAGAUAGGAGAGGUUCAGCUAUGGUUUGGUUUGCUUUGGCACCAUUCGCAGGACCUUCUAUAGGUCCUAUAGUCGCGGGAUUCAUUGAGGUUUCAGGGACGAAUUGGCGUUGGGUAUUCUGGAUUCUUACCAUGUUCGCAGGGUUUUGUCUUGUCGUCAUUAUUUUCUGUGUGCCAGAGACUUACGGUCCAACCAUCCUGGUGAAGAAGGCCAAACGAUUGAGGAAAGAAACUGGUGAAGAAAGAUACUAUGCGCCUCUUGAACGGGCUAGUCAUAGAGUCAAAGACCGACUCAAUGAUAUCCUAUUGAAACCAUUCGUCAUGUUAGCUCUCGAACCGAUGCUUUUGGCAGUGGUCAUGUACAUGUCGUUCGUCUAUGGUGUCGUGUAUCUGUUGUUUGAGGCAUAUCCAUUUGUAUUCAUCAUCAACCAUGGCUUCAAUUCCGGGGAGAAUGGUCUUGCCUUUUUGGGCUUUUUCGGCGGCGGUUUAUCAUGUGUGAUAUUCUUUUUGACAGUCAUCGAACCUCGAUACCAACGUCACGCAGCUAAUCAUGCACCUUCACCUCCCAAACCUGAAAAACGAUUGGAAAUCUGUGUUUUGUCAGGAUGGAGUAUGGUCGUAGCUAUGUUUUGGUUUGGAUGGACUAGUUAUCCUUCUAUUCAUUGGAUAAGUCCCGUUUUGGCAGGUGCACUUUUGGGUUUUGCAGUGUUAGGGAUGUUUGUCAGUAUACUCAACUAUAUUAUCGACGUUUAUCUUUGGGCGGCAGCAUCGGCUUUGGCGGGAGCUACAGUUACUAGAUCGUUAUUCGGUGCUGCAUUCCCUCUGUUCGCAGUGCAGAUGUAUCAAAAACUCGGUACUCAAUGGGCUUCUUCUCUCCUCGGUUUUCUUGCUUUGCUCAUGGCACCCAUCCCUAUGGUCUUGAUGAGAUAUGGGCCAGCUUUGCGUAAGCGUUCGAGGUAUUCUCCUAACAAGGGGCAUUGAAAGUAGAGCCAGACAUCUAGAAAGAUGAAGUUGGACAUUGGGAUGUUAGCGGAUAAUAUCACCGAAAGCGAUGUAGCGGUCAAUCAAAAGAUCUUGCAUGUCAUAUUCUAUUUAAUC